AUGGUGGUAAUGGUAGUGGUAGUGAUUGAGUGGAGUUGUGGUGGUGGUGGUGGUGGGGAUGGCGAUUGUGGAGGUGGUGGUGGUGGUGAUAGUUGCAGCAUGGUGGUUGUUGUGGUGUUGGUUGUGGAGGUGGUAGUGGAUGUGGAGGUUUUGGAGGAGGAGGAGGAGGUGGUGGUGGUGGUGGUGGAGGUGGUGGUGAUGGUGGUGGAGGAGGUGGUGGUUGUGGUGGUGGUGGCGGAGGAUGAGGAGGAGAAGGAUGUGGUGGAGGUAGUGAAUGUGGUGGUGCAAGUGGGGAGUUGGAUGUGGAAGUGA